GAAUCCUAAAUAUCAGACGCACUUUUAGCCUAAUUUUUGCCGUUAGGCGCGCGAAUUCGUUAAAAUGCCGAGAAGCUUAAAGAGGAAACCCUCUCCUCCGUCGACGCCGUCGUCUUUCAAGGCGCCGAAUCGAACCGGUGGCGCCGCCGUCGAUGAAAGUAACCCAUACCCAGGUUUCCCUAAUCCUACAUUGGAGGAAUGUCAAGCCGUACGGGAUGACCUCUUGGGUCUCCAUGGUUUUCCCAAGGACUUCCUCAAGUACCGGAAACAACGACUACUUCUAAACCAGAAUCUCCCCGAUCUGAACCAGAGCCUCUCCAAUUCUGAGCAGUUGAAUGAAGAAGAAGGGGGUGAUGACGACGGUUGUGGGCAAGAAAGUGUACUGGAUGGUCUAGUGGGCGCCAUACUAUCGCAGAACACCACUGAGGUUAAUGCUCGGAGGGCUUUCACUUCUCUAAAGUCUUCUUUCCCCACCUGGGACGAUGUCCAUGCUGCUGAGCCAAAGUUAGUUGAAAAUGCUAUAAAAUGUGCGGGCCUAGCACCAAGCAAAACUUCUUGUGUUAAGGGGAUCUUGAGUUGCUUGCUUGAGAAAAAAGGAAAGUUGUGCCUGGAGUACCUGAGGGAUCUGUCAAUUGAGGAAAUCAAGAGAGAUCUUUCUUGUUAUAGUGGAGUUGGACCUAAAACGGUGGCAUGUGUCUUGAUGUUUCAUCUCAACCAAGAUGAUUUUCCAGUAGACACACAUGUUUUUCAGAUUGCAAGGACAAUUGGUUGGGUACCAGCCGAGGCAAAUGUAAAAAAGACAUACCUUCAUCUCAAUCAACGAAUUCCAAAUGAACUAAAAUUUGACCUAAAUUGUCUACUGUACACCCAUGGCAAGGCCUGUCGAGAGUGCUCUGGGAAAGGAUCUUACAAAGCUGAAGUGGAUUCCAACCAGCAACCUUGUCCUUUACUGAAAUAUGUCUCUAGUUCAAAGUGACUGAAUGGUUAUGUUACAUUCUGUAUGUGCAUAGAGUUUAGUCAGCCUUUGCUGAUUACCGAAACUUGUCUAGAUAAAAAAUAUUUGAAUGGUUAAGCAUGUUACAUUCAAAGAUCUUAGUCUUUUGCUCUUAUGGUGCCAAUGUUUCAUUAUU